AUGGUCUUCGAAUCGCCAGCCUGGGCGCGAGCGCUCCCUUCAGUGCCGCUCCCGGACAGCAUCACAGUCGAAGAAUUCAUGUAUUCGGAGAAACAAGGCCGCAAAUCAUUGAAGCUGUCCCGUAACCCGUAUACCUGUGGUUUGACAGGCCAGACGUAUACCGUUGCUGAGGUCCUGAGAAAGGGUCGACUCUAUGGCCAGAGCCAUAGCAAAACGACUGGAUUGGAGUGUCGCCAACGGCACGGAAUGGGACAAGGUGGCUUGUGUUUUUUCCUGGAAUACGCAUAUAGUGUCUCUGAACUUACGCACCAACUUCGUUCGACAAGCGCAAAAGUCUUGUUCACCUGUGUCCCUCUCCUGCCUGUGGCUUUGGAGGCAGCGGCAGCGGCAAAGAUCUCUCAAGACCAUGUUUUCAUCCUCGAUAUGCCUGGCCAAACAAACAACAGUAGUAACGUUGCCUUGCAAGUCGCAUAUGAGGCCUAUGGGCGCAAAUUAGCUGGGGUUGAGACACAGGUCGGACUGGGUCUACUGCCAUUCAGCCACAUCUACGGUCUAGUCAUCAUUUCUCACUCAAUGCCCUGGCAUGGAGAUGAGGUCGUGGUGCUCCCAAGAUACGAUUUAGACCACAUGCUCGCUACCAUACAAAAGUACAAAGUCCGCCAUUUGCCGCUUGUUCCGCCGAUUGCCAUCCAGCUACUUCAGAACAAAAGAAAAUGCGAUUCAUACGACCUGAGUAGUAUAGAAUGGGUUAGUUCAGGCGCUGCACCCCUCGGGGCCAAGACGAUCGAGAGGUCCAUCAUCUUGGGAGCUCGAUGCAAGGUCAUUGAUGAUGAUGGCAGAGAAGUGACUGAGCUUGAGAAGCCAGGCGAACUCUUUGUCCAAUCUCCAAACAUAUGUCUCGGCUACAUGAACAAUGUAAAAGCCACAGCGGAGACCUUUGUGUGGGAUGAGGACGGCAGAUGGCUUCGAACAGGUGAUGUUGUUGUUGUACGUCGCUCGCCUCUUGGUACAGAGCACAUGGUCAUCGUCGACCGAAUUAAAGAGCUCAUUAAAGUCAAGGGCAAUCAAGUGGCUCCCGCGGAGCUUGAGGCGCAUCUUCUUUCUCAUCCCUUUGUUGCAGAUUGCGCAGUCAUCCCCAUCCCAGACGAUUUCGCUGGAGAAGUGCCCAAAGCCUCUGUGGUGAAGGAUGUCAGUACCGGUGAUAAUUCGGACGAAGAGGUAAAGACUGCGAUUUGUAGAUAUGUUGAAAGCCACAAGGCAAAAUACAAGUGGCUUCAGGGUGGCGUGGAGUUCAUCGAGGCCAUUCCCAAGAGCCCCAGUGGUAAGAUCCUUAGACGUGUCUUGCAAACAAGAGAGAAGGAAAAGCCGGCGGGGGUUACGUCCAAGUUCUAA